GUGCAGACGGGGGAUUACGGGCAGACCUGCGGCUGCCUGCUGCACACAGUCCUGAUUGAGCACGUCCUGCCCUGCGGGGGAGAGCGAGAGCCUCGCUCCAGUCGCUCCUCCAGGAGGAGGGAAUGCAGACUCCGGUCUCCAUGGUGACGGGGAUCGUGUGCGCGCCCUUGGGACUGGUGCUGGUGUUCACGGCGGCCAUAACGCCGCAGUGGAGGGAGGGGCGGGCGCGGCUGGGGGCGGGGGGGUCCGCGGGCGGGGGGGCCACCCUGCUGCGCUCCGACGGGCUCUGGGAGAGCUGCCUCCAGGUGCUGGAGUCAGAGCUGAAGCAGUGCUGGCCGGCGGCCGGGGCGUAUCAGCGGGACAGCAGGGUGCGCUGGGCGCGCGGCCUCACCCUGGGCUCCCUGACGCUCUGCGGCCUGGGCAUCGCGCUGGCCAGCCUGGGGGUGCGCUGCUGGACCGACUUCCCCCUCCGAAACGUGGCGGGGGCCAGCGGGCUCCUCAUCGCCCUCUCCGGCCUGCUCAGCCUGAGCGCGCUCACCCUCUACGCCCGCAACCUGCGGGGCCUGGGCCUGGGGCCGGAGCCCCCGCCCCCCCACGCCCACGUCUCCGCCCUCCUGCAGCUGUCUCUCCGCCCCGCCGGGUCCCUGUAUUUCGGCUGGGUCGGGGGUUGCGUGCAGCUGCUGGGGGGGACCGCCCUGGCCCUCAGCUUCAAACGCCCGCGCUGCGCCCGCGCCACAGCGCCCCCCGGGGACCUGGAGGCCGACUGCUGA